CUUUUAAAAUUUUAAUCAUUAAUCAUAUCACCUUAAUUUUCUACUAAUCAAGUAACACCAGUAUAUUUAUACCCUGGAUUUUGUAAUCCAAUGGUGGAUAAGUGAAACGAGAGAAGUGAGAAAGAUAAGGGUUUUUUCUUCUUCUACAAACCAUUAAAAAAAACCCAGUAAACCUCACUGGAAGUGACUCAGUUCGCAACUCCAGAGGAACUCUUUCAAAGCAUCAAAGUCGAAAACAAGUAAACUUUGUCGCUAAUAAAAAACCCCAUCAUCUGUUGCUAAUAAUUUGAAACAAAGUUUGCAUUUUUGCUCCAUUUUGGGUUUUUUAUGUGAAGUUUGAGAGUGUUUUUUUGGUGAUGGAUCCACCGCCUAUGAUGAGUGAUGGGGGAUACAAUCUAGCAGAGAUCUGGCAGUAUCCCGUUCCUGAAUUUGGGAUAAGGAAGGGCCAAUUUGGGAAUGUGUCGGGUCAUUUCGUGGAUCCUAAUCGGGAGGUAUCGGGUAAUGAUCCGUUGAGCUUAGAGCAGCGGCAGCAGAGAGGGGUUGGUUUGAGGAGGAGGCGUAAUGGGGAAGAUGAGUCAGCUAAGAUUGUCUCCACUAGUAGAGGCAAUGGCAUGGAUAUUGAUGAUGGGAAGAAACUUAAAGAAUCUGAAUGUAGAGACGAGAAUGGUGAUUCUAAAGUUGAAGCAGAACCCAGUUCAGGCAAGCUAGUGGGACAGAAAGCUCAACAAGCUGAGCCACCUAAACAAGAUUUCAUCCAUGUCCGAGCAAGAAGGGGACAAGCCACUGAUAGUCACAGUUUAGCAGAAAAGGCUAGGAGAGAAAAGAUUAGUGAAAGAAUGAAAGUUCUUCAGCAUCUGGUUCCUGGUUGCAAUAAGGUUAUUGGCAAGGCUCUUGUUCUUGAUGAGAUAAUUAAUUACAUCCAAUCACUACAGCGUCAGGUUGAGUUCUUGUCGAUGAAGCUUGAAGCAGUUAAUUCAAGAAUGAACCAUGCCAUUGAAGUGUUUCCUCUCAAAGAUUACGGGCAACAAACGUUUGACACUACUGCAAUGGCAUUUGGUUCGCAAGCAACAAGGGAAUACAGUCGCGGUUCAUCACCAGAGUGGUUGCAUAUCCGCGGUGGUUUCGAUAGAACAACAUAAUCUUGAGAAUUCCUCAUCAAUAGGCGAUAAGAGCAUUAAUUUCAAAUGAUUCGUCCUUCAGUCAUCAUGCCCGAAUAAGUAUAUUGCAUCCUGGUAAACCAAAGAGAGUAUAUUUUCUUUCGCACAACAUGAGGCAUCGAGUCGCCAUUGCCAUCUAAAAGAAUGCUAAAGUUAGUAUCUGAACAUCUUUGUUGUGUUUUGGAGAAUGUGUUCUUUUACUCCAUAUAUGAAAUGUCAGGCUUUACGGCCUUCCCUGUACUAAAUACCCGAACAGAAUCUGCCAGAAUCAUUAUUGUUGUUGUACAAGAAAGUUGCCUGUUCAGAACUACUGAUGCUUACAUGUUGAGUCAACUCUGUGUUUGUUAACAAAUAAGAUUGUAAUAAAUAAGUAAAGCCAGUUUACUGCUA